AAAAUAGUUAGAAAAAUUGGUAUUUGAACCAUAGAUAUGCAAUCUGGGCCUGUCCAAAACUUCAUUAAGACUGCUGCUAUACCACCUUGACUAUCCAUUCCAUGAAAAGUUUCUGAAUUUCAAGCUAUCUAAAGUCACUCGUCGUGGACAUAGAAAUUUUCUUGAUAAUACUACAAAAGUUAUACACAAGAAAUGUUGUACAGGAACAUUCAAAGCGCAACUUCCGAGAUAUCAGCUCUUCUGUGAUGGAGGUACAUUCAGUAUUCUGUUGAAUGCCCAGUUAAACCUUUCCUUCCAAGAGAUAGCUCCAGCACAUUUUCACAACCACGUAGAUAUUUCCACACUGCGUCCACAUGCUUCACAAACAGGUCAAAUGAAGUAGGGUGUGGAGGUAAGCGAAAUACUUCAGGAAUAAACACCAUCCGCUCGAAUUCGAAGACGUUUAACACCAUGUCUUCAGAGGGAGCACACUUCAAUGCAGAGGAGUUUAAGAACGCCAAUCCCAAUGUGUCUGUGGAUUGGGCAAUUUCUGCCAUGAGAGGUGGUGAUGAAAGAAAGCGACAGCAGAUGAAAGCCCAGUCUGAAUACCUAAAUGAGAUGUGGGCAGAGAGGAAGGAUAAGUCUUUAGUGUAUAAACAGUUUCGAGACUUCUUGACAGGAAGUGAUAAUCCCUACGUGCUGGUUGUGUUUCUUUUGAACGACUCGCCUGAUCUUCAUGUUCACAAGAUGUCAACAUUUUCAUAUGGAGUUUGUAAAGAAUUUGAGGGUUGGUUGUCAUCUUCUCAGUGCAACAUCAGAAAUAAGAGCCAGAUUUUGACUCCAGAAGUAAAAUUGGACGCUGUGAGAGUUUCUACAAGGUACCACACUGUGUUGUUUCAACUGGUUCUGAAAACGUUUGAGCUGAAAUAUCAAGGCAAUGGUUAUAUGUUGCCAGAAGUAAAGAAGUUUUUAGAAAAGCAAAAAUAUAAUGAGUCGGCUAUAUUGGCCGGUAAUCUGGGUCUUCAGGAUCAUUUUAGGAUUGAAGAGAUAGCUGUUCCUCUGAUUCUUCAGAAUAAGAUAAACCUUCUGGAAAUCUACCUCAGAGGAAAUCCUGGACAACAAACACUCCUUAUUCAAUUCCUGGAUAAGAUGUGUGACAAAAGCUUUAACAUUAAUAAUUUUGUCAGUGCUAUGGAAGUUCCUGAUGUUAAGAUGAGUCAUCUACAGAAAAAAUCAAUCAGCAAGCUUGCUACGAGACUGGCCAAACUGUACGAGACCCCAAACGAUCUCAUUCCCAAUAUUGUAUUAGCCAGGGGUCAUGGAGCAUUGAAGUAUCUCUUAUAUAAAAGAUACAUAGAGAAUGGCAUGACUGCCGGGAGUUGGGAGGAUAUGGUACAGAAUGCAGUGGGAGAUAAUGAAUUCCUUAAGCUGGAGCUAGUGGAACAGCUGAUGAGUUAUAAUGAGGUCAAGGCAGCUGCUAAGUGGGCCAACUUUUACAGCCUUCCAGAUGAGAAACUCUCGGGUCCAAUCCAGCAGGAGAGGAAACGAAUGACUGAGGGGGAGAUGACCCCACAGCCUGCUUCAGAGGAGAAUUGGGAGGAUGAACUUCUACAAGUGGAUGACAUGGAGGCUCACUAUUAUAAACUCAAACUAGACUCCUCCAAGAUACAGUUUGUGGACACCAAAGAAAAAUACCACGAGCUUAUCUCUCUUCUGUCCAAGCCUGGCUUGACGGUUGGAGUGGACUCCGAGUGGAAACCUUCUUUUGGAAAUUCCAUUCAGAGAAUAGCCGUAAUUCAGUUAGCAAUUGUGAAUCAGAUAUACCUGUUGGAUAUGAUUGCUCUGGAUGCAGUUCUACAAGAAAACGACUGGAUAUUGCUCGCCACUGCUCUGUUCUGUAAUGAAGAAGUUUUAAAACUAGGAUAUGGAUUUGAUUCCGAUGUAAAGAUGAUGGUAAAGACACACCCCUUCUUGAGGGAACAUCUUAUGAAUAUGAAAAGGACAGUGGAUUUAGAAAAGCUUGCUGCAAAGGUGAUAGACAAAGUCGUCAAUUUGAUGCCAGACACAGGCGAUGACUCGGAUGAUGAAGGCUUAGAGGAUAAAGACAGCGGAAUCAUGGUUAAAUUUCAGGCAGUAGAACAAAGAGGACUGAGUGAGUUAGUGCGCCAGUGUUUAGGGAAGCCUCUAAAUAAAGGAGAACAGAUGUCUGACUGGGAGAGACGUCCACUACGUCAAACACAGAUCCUGUAUGCAGCACUAGAUGCUUUUGUCCUUCUGGAGGUUUAUGAACGUUUGGUGGAAACUGCCCGGAGGGAAAAGAUGAACAUUGAUUUAGAGCCAUCAGUCAGUGUGAAAUGGAAUAAAGAAAGCAAACUGGAGAGACUGAGAGCCAAAGCAAAGGGUCCACACUUACCCAAAUCAGCAAAGUUACCAACACCUGAGAAUGCUGUAUACCUGGGGAUGGAGAUGGAGCCGGGUCAGCUGAGGGUGGUGGUGGACUCCAUGCUGCAGGGGCUUGGGCGACAGCUUAGAAACUGUGGUGUAGACGUCCACAUACUAAAUAACAAUAAUGACCACAAUGAAAUAAUUCAGGUGGCGAAACAAGAGAAUAGAAUCGUAUUGUCAUCUGGGACUCCAUAUCACAUGAUAUGCUCUAGAAUAGGAGCAGAAAAGUGUUUCCAUGUUAAGAACUCGCUAACAGCAAAGGAACAGGUAGUGGACGUUCUGAAGCAUUUCAAAGUGCGGGUCAGAAAACAGGACAUCCUGAGCAGAUGUAAAGUUUGUAACAGCGACUUCUUUCAAAAAAUCCCCAACAGAGAUGUCAUGAUAUUAUCAGAAAUUGCAAGCAAGAUGAAGGAGGGGAAAACAAGGGACAGAACUCCAUCUCACGAUCAAUGGCAGGCGUAUAUGUCAGCUACACAUGGGAUUGACAGUAGGAGUGUGUCAUUUAUGAAGACAGGGAUAGACAUUAUGAUUGACACUGUUCCCUGCAAAAUAUUUGACAAAGUGGAUUUCUUCUACAUUUGUGUCAAGUGUGGGAAAAUUUUCUGGGAGGGUCCCCAUAUGAGUUCAGCAUGUGAACAGUUCGCCCAUGUUCUGAACCUCCAGUCUUGAGAUAACUGCUGUAUAUAUUUUGGGUGGGUCUCUACAGGAGUUCAAGAUGUGAACAGUUAGGUCUGACAUGUUCUGAACCUCCAAUACUGAGAGAGGUAAUGUAUAUAUUCCAUAAGCCAUGUUACAUUUGCAUAUACAUGCAGGCUGUCCAGCGACCUUAAAAUUCCUAAAAAUACCUAUUUUUUUUUCAGUUUUGCUAAAAUUCCUAAAAAAAUGUAAAAUUCAAGGGGAAAUCCUAAAAAAGCCCUUAUUUUUCAUGUCAAUUCCUACUUUUUUAUCAGUCUUGAAAAAUCAAAAUGCAUUCAUACAAAAUGUGUGUUAUUAACGUAGAUUGCAGUUCUUAUUCAGAUAAUGCUGAUGCAGUGAAAGGCAGCUGACCUGUGGAUCCAUGUGUCAAGCUUGUUUAUUGGUUGUGACUUUGUGAUAAAGAGUUGAGAUUUUAGGUUAUAGCCAAUAAUAGCUGAGACCAUGGAACACUGGAAUACGCCCUUCCUGUACUUACAUCUUAUUUGUGUGUCAUGUGAGUUUCUUUAUUGUCAAAUUUGACAAGGUAAGUCCUUUUAAAUAAUUAAAACUUCUGCAAUUUGGUUAAAAAUUCCUAAUUUUAGCCCUAAUUUUUUAAAAUUUUACCCCUAAAAUUUGCCCUUGUUUUUUGUCCAAGGGUGCUGGACAGCCUGUACAUGUUAUAUUAAACAUUUUCGAAAAAGUCUGAUAGGUUUGUAAAAAUUCAAAAAUUCACUGCUUGUCAUCAAAAGAUUGAAAUACAUGUAUUGUUACUAGCAAAAGAAUAAAAUAUUGUUACACAUAUUAUAAAA